GGCUCGGCCUGGCCAGGGGCACCCCCGGUGACAUCGCCAGGGCCGCCGGCGCCGUCGGCAUCGCCCCCAGGGCCGCCGCGGGGGGCGUCACCACCAGGGCGGCCGCCGCUCUGGGGGCCACCAGUGCUGCCCACGUCACCAUGGGGGCCACCAGUACCACCCUGGGGGCCACCAGUACCGCCCUGGGGGCCACCAGUGUCACCAGUGUGGAUGGCAGGGGCAUGGGUGUCGCCCCAAGAGCCGCCGGUGUCGCCGCCGGUGUCGCCACCGGGGACAGCAGAGCUCAGGGUGGCACCGUUAAAGCCACGCCUGGGGACGGCGCCGUCACCUCCAGGGCCGGCGGUGCCACCGCGGGGGUCACCAGCGUGGACAGCAGGGUCAGCGGUGCCACCAGUGUCACCAGUGUGGACAACAGGGUCAGUGGUGUCACCAGUGUCACCAGCGUGGACAGCAGGGUCAGCGGUGUCACCAACGUGGACAGUAAGGUCACUGGUGUCACCAGUGCAGACAGCAAGGUCACCACUGUCACCAACACAGACAGCAAAGCCACUGUUGUCACCAGUGUCACCAGUGUGGACAACAAGGUCACCAGUGCCACCAGUGUCACUGUUGGUGCCACCAGUGCAGAGAACAAGGUCAGCAGUGUCACCAACGCAGAGAGCAAGGUCCCGGGUGUCACCCCCAGCGCCUCCAGUGUCACCGUGGGAGCCGCCACCGCUGUCCCCAGCGUCGUCCCCAAGGCCAGCGGAGCCACCGCCCUCAGCCCCGGCGUCACCGGCGUCACCCCUAAGGCCACCAGUGUCACCACAGGGCCCACCAGUGUCACCGUGGGAGCCACCAGUGUCACCCCUGGACCCACCAGUGUCACCACAGGGCCCACCAGUGUCACCGUGGGAGCCACCAGUGUCAGCACAGGAGCCACCAGUGUCACCACAGGAGCCACCAGUGUCAGCACAGGAGCCACUGGGGCCACCGGCGUCACCACUGGACCCACCAGUGUCACCGUGGGAGCCACUGGGGCCAGCAGUGUCACCGUGGGAGCCCCCAGGGCCACCCCCCUGCCCAGCCUGGUCCCCAAGGCCACCCCCCCCAGUGUCAUCGUGGGGGUGGGCGCUGUCCCCAGGGCCACCCCCGGGGUCCCCGCGGGCGUCAGCCCCCUGGGCGCCGCCAUCCUGCGCGCCAGCGCCGCCGCCACCGCCAAGGCCACCGCCAUGGCCACCCUGGGCGUGCCCAGGGCCACCAGCGCUGCCGCCAGUGCCACCAGUGUCACCAGUGUCACUGGAGCUACCAGUGUCACCAGUGCUGCCACCAGUCUCACCAGCGCUGCCACCAGUGUCACCAGUGCUGCCACCAGCGCUGCCAUCAGUGUCACCACCACCAGUGUCACCAGUGUCACCGGAGUCACCAGUGCUGCCAUCAGUACCACCAGUGCUCUGCGGGCCAGCAGCGUGGAUGGAGCCGGGAGCGGCGUCCUCAAGGCCACCAGUGCCACCAGUGUCGUCACCGGCGGCGCCGCCCUGGCCACCAGUAACACCAGUAACACCAGUAACACCAGUAAUGCCAGUGCUGUCCCGGUCAUCGCGGCUCCCGCUGUCACCAACAAGGCCACCAGUGCUCCCAGUAUGAGUGGCACCACCAUCAGGGCAGCCACCAGUGCUCCCAGUGUGCCCUGGGCUCCCGGGGUCCCCAGUGCUCCCAGUGCUCCCAGUGUGCCCCGGGUUCCUGCUGUGGGCGGUGCUGGGGGCGUCACCGGUGCCACCAGUGCCACCAGUAUGGCCAGUGCUGCUGUUCCCAGUGCCACCAGUAUGAGCGGUGUGAGCAGCCCUGCGGUUUCCAGCGUCACCAGUGCAACCAGUGCGACCACUGCUGCUGUUCCCAGUGUCACCAGUAUGGCCAGCCCAGCGGUUCCCAGUGUCACCAGUAUGGCCAGUGCUGCUGUUCCCAGUGUCACCAGUAUGGCCAGCUCUACAGUUCCCAGUGUCACCAGUACGACCAGUUUGACCAGUGCUGCUGUUCCCAGCGUCACCAGUAUGGCCAGCCCUGCAGUUCCCAGCAUCACCAGUAUGGCCAGCGCUGCUGCUCCCAGUGUCACCAGUGCGACCAGUAUGACCAGCCCUGCGGUUCCCAGUGUCACCGUUAUGACUAAUUCUGCACUUCCCAGUGUCACCAGUGCUGCUGUUCCCAGUAUGACCAGUAUCACCAGUGCUGCUGUUCCCAGUGUGACCAGCAUGACCAGUGUCACCAGCGCUGCAUCUCCCAGUGCCACCAGUGCUCCCAGUAUCACCGGUGUCACCAGUGCGGCGUCUCUGAGCGUUUCCAGUGUCACCAGUGCCGCCAGUGCUGCAUCUCCUGGUGUCACCAGCGCUCCCAGUAUCACCAGUGCUGCGUCUCCCAGCGCUCCCAGUGCAACCAGUGUGGCCAGUGCUGCGUCUCCCAGUGCUCCCAGUGUCGCCAGCGUGACCAGUGCUGUGUCUCCCAGCGCUCCCAGUGUCGCCAGCAUGACCAGUGCUGUGUCUCCCAGCGCUCCCAGUGUCACCGGUGUCACCAGUGCUGCAUCUCCCAGUGCUCCCAGUGUAACCAGUGUGGCCGGUGUUGCAUCCCCCAGUGCUCCCAGUGCUCCCAGUGCCCCCGGCGAGGCCGCCAAGAGCUCUUCGUCGUCGUCGUCGUCGUCGUCCUCGUCAUCCUCGUCCUCGUCGUCCUCGUCCGACUCCGACUCCGACUCGAGCUCCAGCUCCUCCGAGUCGGCCCCGCCCUCGCCGGCCCCGCCCACCGGGUCCCCGAGUGCCGCCGCCGCCACCGCCGCCACCGUCACCGUCCCGGCCGCCCCGGCGGUGCCAGCGCCGCCCCCCGGCGAGGCCGCGGAGCCCCCGACCCCCGGCCAGGGCCGCGAGGGCCGCGCCCGGCGCAAGCGGCGCCGCUCGUCCUCCUCCUCCUCCUCCUCCUCCUCCUCCUCCUCGUCCUCCUCGUCCUCCUCCUCGUCCUCCUCGUCCUCCUCCUCCUCCAGCUCCUCCUCCUCCUCUUCCUCCUCCUCCGGCUCCUCGUCCUCUUCCUCCUCCUCCUCCUCCUCGUCCUCCUCCUCCUCCUCCUCGGACGAGGAGGGUCCCGCUGAGGCCGCCGCCGCGCUGAGACCCCCGCACGGUACCCGAGCCCCUCCCCGCGGCCCCGCCCCCGAGGCCACGCCUGCGGCCGCCCUCGAGACCCCUCGGCGACCCCCGGGAGCCCCCGAGCGCCCUCCCCCGGGGACCCCUCGGCGCCCGCCCCUCCCCCACGGCCGCCUCGGCGCCGGCCACGCCCCCGCCGCGGCCACGCCACCACCGCCACCGCCGCGGCCACGCCCACCUCGGCCACGCCCCUGCUGUCCCUCACCCCGCCAAGCCCGCCCUGGUGGGCGGAGUCACCGCCUUGCCCCGCCCCCCGGGGUCCCUGCUGGCCCUCACCCCCGCGGGGGGGCGUGGCCUGCGCCCCUCGCCCCGCCCACCCCCGGGCUCUCUGCUCUCAUUGGCCACCGCCCGCGGGGCGUGGCCGGCCGGGAGCGGCCCUUCCCCCUAUUGGCCGCCCGCAGCCCCGGCUCCGCCUCCUUCCAGCGCGCGGCCACGCCCUUCCUGGCCACGCCCACGCGGGGAGGGGCGGGCGGGGGUGGAGCCCCGGACCCCCAGCCCCUUCCUGCGGGGGCGUGGCCGGGGCGUUCCCCGCCUGGGGGGCGGGGCCUGCCUGCACCGUUUCCACGGCAGCCUGGGGCGGGGCUGGGCUGCUCCGCGCGCCUGGGGCGGGGCCUGCGUGCACCGUUUCCACAGCAGCGCCGGCGUGGGCGUGGCCUCGGCGGCGGCGGCGCCAAUCGGCUCAGCCCCUGCGGCCACCGCGGCUGCUGCUACCACGGCAGGGGCGGGGCCUCGCUGGCGGGGGCAGGGCCGCCCCCAGGAGCCCCUCCCCCUUCGCCAUGA